AUGGUGUCGUAUGCCGUCAAUGUCUCAUCCCCAGCGGAGAUUUCCCGAACGAUGACCUAUGCAGCCGAAAAGAAUCUCCGACUUGUGAUCCGCAACACCGGCCAUGAUUAUAUGGGCAAGUCGACCGGUACAGGAGGUCUCUCCAUCUGGACUCAUCACCUUAAAGAGAUCAAGGUCAUUCCAAACUACUCUUCACCACAUUACAGCGGCCCGGCAGUCACCAUCGGAGCCGGCGCCCAGGGCGAGGAAGUCUACGCUGCAUUGCACAAGCACAAUCUAGUGAUGGUCGGUGGGGAAUGUGCCACCGUUGGUUUGGCAGGAGGGUACACGCAGGGCGGCGGCCACUCCGCCCUCAGUUCACGGUUUGGCCUCGCCGCCGAUCAGACAUUGGAGUGGGAGUUGGUUGAUGGUAAAGGACGACAGCUUCAUGCCUCCCCCACGGAUAAUGCAGAUCUGUACUGGGCCCUAAGCGGCGGUGGCGGCGGGACGUAUGGCGUCGUCACCUCCUUGACGGUCAAGGUCUUUCCUGAUUUCUCCGUUGCGGGCGUGGUUCUCGAAUUCGAAUCCGAUCCCAGCAACCUUGACCCAUUCUACGACGCAGUGGAAUACUACCACUCCCUAGUUCCGGCCUUCACAGCGGCGGGGGGCAUGGCCAUCGCCCGCGUGAUGAACUCCUCCUUCCUUUUGACGCCUCUGACUCUUCCCAGCACCAACGAGAAGAGGGCACUGGAAUUGAUUACCCCUCUCAUCAAUAAGCUGGAUCAGUUGAACAUCAGCUACGUGAUGAAGCUCACCCAUUUUCCAUCGUACAUGGAUCAUUACAAUGCUUUGAUCGAACCCAAUCCCACGCAGCUCGUGGACAAUGGCCAAUACGGCGGUAAAUUGAUCCCCUUGUCUGUGAUUGAGCAAUCUAAUUCGGCUCUGACUGCCGCGAUGCGUAACAUCACUCAAGAUGGCGUGACGUUUGUCAGCAUCGGAUUGAAUGUCUCUUCCACCGUGAUGGGGGCCACGACCAAUUCGGUCCUUCCAUCGUGGAGGACCGCGGCAAUGAAUGUCAUUCUGGCAACAUCCUGGCCUGAGCACGCAAACCUCGGAAGAAUGAAUCAACUUGCCAAUGAUAUGACCCAUAAAUGGAUGCCAAUGUUGAGCUCUCUGACAUCUGACCCAGGGUGCUAUAUGAACGAGGCUGAUCCGCAACAACCAAACUGGCAAGAAGCCUUCUACGGACCGAACUAUAACCGUCUUUUAGCGAUUAAGAAGAAGUAUGAUCCCGAUGACUCCUUCUAUGCGCACACUGCUGUGGGCAGCGAAAAAUGGGUGCAGGAGUCGGAUGGUCGGUUAUGCCGGGCGACUUCAUCUUAA